AGGUAAUGGUCAUUUUUCAGGUGCUCCAUGUCUUAGUUUUGACAUCGUAAAAGAUGGCCUAGGAGAUGGACGAACAUUGGACACACCUAUGACUUGCUAUUUUAUUGCUGGUACUCAGACUAGUGCAGCUCACGUUAACAACCUAAUUCUUAUGAAGAUGAAAAAUUUACACAAAAUUAAACAAGCUACAGAGGAUGAAGACAGUGAUGACAGUGAACUGGAGGAUGAUGAAGAUGAAGACGACCAUGCAAAGCCUAUCAUAUCGUCUUUUGUAACCAAGCAUGAGGGCUGUGUGAACAGAAUAAGAUCAACAGUUAUGAAUGGAAACCACAUUUGUGCUUCAUGGUCAGAACUUGGACGAGUACAUAUUUGGGAUAUGAAAAGAAUGAUGACAGUAGUAGAUGAUAAUGAAAGUGUUGGUCAGGAAGACUCUGAUGACUUUGACCUGAAACCUUUAUUCACCUUUAAAGGUCAUUGCACCGAAGGAUUUGCUUUAGAUUGGAGCAGUACUAUGCCAGGUACACUUGCUACAGGAGAUUGUGAAAAAUUUAUAUACCUAUGGAGUCCUAAAGAAAGUACGUGGAGUGUGUCAAAUAAACCGUAUGAGGGUCAUACAGCCUCGGUAGAAGAUAUACAGUGGUCUCCAAAUGAAGCUCAUGUAUUUGCAUCAUGUUCUGUUGAUAAGAGCAUACGAGUUUGGGAUGAUAGGGCAGCACACAAAAAAGCUUGCAUGAUAACAGUUGCUGAUGCUCAUAACAGUGAUGUCAAUGUUAUCCACUGGAACCGGAAUGAUCCAUUCAUAGUUUCAGGAGGUGAUGAUGGGUUUGUAAAGAUCUGGGACUUGAGACAAAUCCAGGGGGGCAAUGCUGUGGCUAAACUGAAGCACCACACUGGACCAAUAACAACUGUGGAAUGGCAUCCAAAAGAUUCAUCUGUAUUUGCCAGUGGAGGUGAAGAUAACCAGAUAUUGCAGUGGGACCUCUCUCUAGAACGAGACCCAGAUGUCAAGGCCGAAGAGGAUAUGGACAUUCCACAGCAACUGUUAUUUGAACAUCAAGGACAAAAGAAUGUGAAAGAACUACACUGGCAUCCUCAGAUUCCAGGUGUGAUAAUAUCUACUGCAGAGUCUGGAUUCCAUGUGUUUAAGACCAUAAGUUGCUGAGGUAUUAUGACGAUAUUUUUUGCAACAUGGACCAGUAUUGGUCUUAAGCAAAGAAGAUAUAGUAUAGUAUCUUCACGAAAAUAUUAGAUAUGUAUGAUAUAAAGUUGUCAUUUUGGUAUUAAAAUUCUUAAUGAAU